AUGAGCAGCAGCAAAUUUGUCAGACUUCACGACCUCAUGAAUACUUGCGUUCACCUCUCUCAGAGAGCUACCAAUGUGCUUAAGCAGCAAGUAUACCAUGAGAAUAACUUUAACAUAGUCUAGAAGGGUAUGUGCGCAAACGAUGUCUACACAGAGCUUGAUCUUCAAAUUCAGAAGACCAUUCAUUAUAAUUUGAAGUAACUCUACCCAAGAGCAAAAAUUAUUUGUGAGGAGGAAGAAAGUUCAAUUGAUGAAAACAUUAAACCUUCAAUCAUGCCUGAUGAGCUAUUGAGAAUGAGAAAUAAACAGAAAAUUUUUAGUGCUGAUAUAUUACUCAAUUCUGCUUCUGUCCGCAGACUCUAAUACUUGAAAUACUUGGAAGAUCUAUUAAGCUUCAAUUACGAUUUCCUUCGUGCUGAUGAUGUCAAGAGAGGUCUAGAUGAUAUUUAUAACAAUGAGGUACUUGAAAAGGACCUGACUUUCUGGAUUGAUCCCCUGGAUGGCUCAAAGGGAUUAGUUGAAGGACAUACUGAACAUAUCACGACAAUUAUUGGAGUCUGCAUUAAAAACAGACCUAUAUUAGGUAUUGUUCAUAAACCCUUUAGUGGAGAUGCCCUUUCAUUUCAAUCGGGUAAGAGUUAUGUGGGCCUUCCCUAGUGUGGUUUAUUUACAGUCCUAUAGAAGAUUUAGACUGAUUUUGAGAAUUUUGAGAACUUUACUUUACACGUUCCACCUUUCUCAAGAGAUGAAAACAUAGAUCGUCAUUUAUUCUAGCCAAAAAUUUGCGGGUCUCACAACAGAAACCAAGAUGAAAUGGAUAAGCUAAUUUAUGCAACUAAUCCUUAAAGGAUUGAAAGAGUUGCGGGCUCAGCCAACAAAUUUGUGCAUAUGGUCGAGGGGUAAUCUGAUUUCUACAUGAACUUUGUUCCUGGCUUCAAAUUUUGGGAUAUGUGCGGUUCAGAGGCCAUACUUGCCUCUCGUUUUGGAAUCCUAACUGAUGCUUAAAAAAGACCAAUAUUCUAUGAACCAAAUAUGCACCCCACUAUAAAGGAUGGAUUAAUAGCUGCUAAAAAUAAAUCUAUUUAUAAACUCUGUGAACACAGGAUAGAGAGAUUCACAAGAAUGUCUCUUGAGCAAAAUCAUCAGAGAAUCCAAUUAUAAGCCUUAGAAUCCAAAAGAAUAAGGCAAGAGCUUUAAGAAUUAGAUUAAUAACAAUAAAAUAUUAAAUCAUUAAUUUGA